GUUCGCCGACGGUAAAAAUGAUUCGACCUUGUUCCAACUUUCACGUCACCUCCGGACACGAUGGAUUCGUCGCACGAUGACUCCCCCGAAUCCGAGCUCCCAUCUUGCAGUGGCUGCCGGAAACGGAAACUCAAGUGUUCUAGACAAAGACCAGCUUGCUCUAAUUGUGAGCGAUUAGGUGCACCUUGUGUUUACGAAAACCGUCGGUCGAAGCCAGGCUUGAAAGGCGGUGCUGUCGAGAGUCUUAACCAGCGAUUAGAAAAGGUCGAGAAAGCAUUGUUCGGCUCGGCCUCUGAUGAAGGCACACAAGACUCCGAAGGUACAAAACGUGAUCUUCCAGGCGACAGAGCAAGUAGCAGCAGCUCAGCGCCUCUUGAAGCAAUCCUUUCUACGCUCGCCGGAGAGUUACAGAGGCUAAAUAAAAACAUUGAGCCGGCUCGAAAGAGACAGUAUGAAUAUGACCCAUACAGAAAGGUCAAUGGACUAUUCAAGAGACCAAGGCGAGAUGUAGCCGAAGAGCAACAUCAAUCCAGUAACGAAGACGUUACCCAGCAACAAGCCCGCCAAGCUUCAUCCCGCAGUAUUGACAUUAUCCAGGAGCAUUUGGACAAGCUAAUUGAGGCACAUUUCGAUAAUAUCCAGCCAUGGAUCCCAAUGAUAAUUAUGAGAGGGUUUCAUGAACGUGUUCAGAAAGACACUGAGCAACGCAUGACGAUUGUGCUUGAGGCAAUGAUGAUAGCGUCUCUGCGCUAUGUCGAUAUUAAUGAUAAGCCACUGGACAACCUUUACAUCAACAGCGAGACAUCAAGAUUGCGAAAAAGUGUAAUGAUGGGUGCGAUGGAGGGUCUAAGGAUAGAGAACUUGCAAGCACUCAUUAUGAUUGCAUUCACUGAGAUUGGAAAUGGGAAUUUGGAAAAGGCCUGGCCUAUUAUUGGGUCUCUGACAAGAACAGUCGAAUACAUGGGACUGUCAGUCGAAUCUGAAGUGCAUCAACGCAAGACAGGACUAUUAUCAGAUAACUCAUCGCUACCAGAGCCACUAGACUGGAUGGAAGAGGAGGAACGAAGACGAAUAUUCUGGAAUGUCUUCAUCCUUGAUAGAAUCUCAUCUAUAAUCAAAGGAUGGAAUCCAGGCAUCAAUUCAGCGGAUGUUCGCCGAAGACUGCCUAUAUGCGGCGGGAGUUGGUUUCAUAACGAGCCUGCUGUCACACCUUACUUUGGGGAUUGGGACCAGCCUGCAGUACAAAACGGACACGGUACGAGUCCUUGUUACUCUGUUGGAAGUAAUGCUGGUGGCUCAGAAGGCCCAGCGAGUACUUGUCGCAGCAUCCGAGCUAGCGAUAGGGCAACUGGGGAUAUAUCCAAGAUAGGCGCCUUUGCUUAUUACAUCCAGUCGAUCGAUUCACUGAGCCAGAUAUCGAAGACCUUCUUACAACCUGUUGUGGACUUCACCAACAGGCAGGAGGUUUCACUUUGGCUAACCAAGUUCAAAGAACUCGAUCUCCGUUUAGUACAUUGGAAGAUGUAUUUGCCCCAACAAUGGAAAGACUCUGGCAUAUCGCGCAAGAUAAUGCCCGGCGUCAUGGACCCCAGCAUGACAUUAGCCAAUGCGACGCAUAACACGUCUUUAAUCCUCCUCCACGAGCGCAUUGCAUACCCGGACUCUGAACUUCUCGGCCUGAAUCUACCCAGUCUUUUUAGUGCUGAGAACUGUCUCAAUGCCGCAAUAGAGACAGCCAACAUCACGACCAAGUACCUUGGAGGAUCUCCAUCAGCUCGUCCGGUACCACCACAGCUGGGAAUAUGCGCUUUUGUCAGUGCAAGAGCCCUGCUGGUUCACUCGCGAUACUAUAAGACGGCUCUGGCCAAGGAAUUCAAGAACCUGAUGGAUAAUUUGACAGACAUGUCUAAUCGAUGGGCUGGCAUUGAACAGACAAAUCAAACAAAGAAGAAUCCCAACUUCUUUGACCAACUCUUCAACAGCUUGCAAAGUCAAUUUCAAGAGUUCCAGAGAGCAGCUCCAGGCCAGAUCAUACCAGGCUCAGGCUCGGCACUUGGGUUUGGAGGAUCUGUUUUCAGUUCGAGACUCGGCAGUUCCAGAGCGUUUCGAGAUAAUCACACCCCUGCCAUGGCAGGUGUACCUGUGCCACCAACCAUCGAUAACUUAGCACGCGGAGUGCACGACCCGGACCAACUGAGCAACAACCAGUGGCAUGUCGACUCACAAUCCCCACCUACAAUCUCAAGGGAUGACUUGUUCAUGAUAUCUCAAACUCUGAUGAAUAAUGACUUUCUUGAGCUGGAUCGUAUUGUCAGCUUUGAGGAUAUGAUGGCUGUUGGGAAUAUGACACAGUAUUAUGGCACCAAUAGCUAGACAUCAAAUAUCGAUGUGCCACUCCUUUAACUUUAUUGCUAUUGUAAUGGUCUGUUCAAAGGUUCAACCGCUUUCUUGACCCUAACUACAGUGCCAUAAUAUUCUCCUGCAUAACAUAGGUCGUCAUGGAGUGACUACCAGAAACAGUACACAGUUAAACACUGGUGUCUGUUUGCAGUUGGAACAAAUAAAGGUCCUAAUAUAACGC